AUGGGUCGAAGGAAGAGUAAAAGAAAGCCGCCAGCGAAAAGGAAAGCUAUUGAGCCUCUGGACACGCAGUUUAAUUGUCCGUUUUGCAAUCACGAAAAAUCUUGCGAAGUCAAAAUGGACAAAAGUCGAAACGUGGGGAAAGUGUAUUGUCGUGUUUGCCUUGAAUCAUUUCAAACGACUACAAGCUUUUUAUCAGAACCAGUUGACAUAUAUAACGACUGGGUUGAUGCCUGUGAAGCAGCUAAUUGA